AUUUGAGCAGUGAACAUCUUACAAAGAAAUAUCGUGAAAAUGUUUAAAUCGAGAGAAUCGCUUCAACUUCUUUUCCUACUCGUAUCGGUUCUCGAAUGUGUAAAAUCACAGUUUUGUGAAUCAAGCGUUUCACAGCCGAAAGUCAGAACGACCGAAAUCAGUGAUGGAAAGUACGUCUCAGUGGAGUACGGCUAUUACGAGUGUACCUACUGUUACAAUUCAAAGAAAUACAAAACAGCAUCGAAAUCGGUCUACGUAACGUUCCCCAAAAACCAGUGUUCGCUGGACUACUCCGUGAGCAAGAAGCAGGUCUGCUGCGACGGUUACUACGGCAACGGGACGGACUGCGUUCCGGUGUGCCGGGGAGGGUGCGAGAAUGGGCGGUGUACGGGCCCGGAGACCUGCACCUGUAACGCGGGGUAUUCGAUGGUGAGGGGGCGGUGCGUGCCGAGUUGCGUUAACGGAUGUGCGAACGGGAGCUGCGUGGCGCCGAACCAGUGCGUUUGCGGAGUUGGGUUUGUGAAGAGUACGGCGGGGGCGUGCGUUCCGAAGUGCGCGGAUGACUGCGUGAAUGGGGUUUGUAACGAGCGGAACGAGUGCGAGUGUCGGGAAGGGUUCUACUUUAACGAGAAGCUGCUGGAGUUUGGAGUGCGGAAUAAUACGGUGUGCACGGCGAGGUGUGAUUUUGAGUGCCGGAAGGGGUUCUGCGCUGGGAGGAAUCGGUGCCAGUGCUUGGAGGGGUACGAGCUGUCCAAGUCCGAUCGGUUUGAGUGCGUUCCCGUGUGUGAUGCGGAGCUGGUGGAUUGCUUCAAUGGGGAGUGCGUGGCGCCAAAUCAUUGCCGGUGUAGUGUGGGAUUCCGGAUGGAGGGGAGUCGUUGCGUUCCGGUGUGCAAUCCAAGCUGUGUCAACGCGGACUGCACCGAUAUCGAUCAGUGCACUUGCCGGCAAGGUUAUCGCCAAACGUCUGAAUCUAACGUUUGCGAGCCGACGUGCGAUCCUCCGUGCGACCAUGGUGACUGCGUGGGAGUCAACGAAUGCUCGUGUCACAACGGGUACCGAGCGGUGAACGGCUCUUCGUGUGAACCACUGUGUGAUUCACGCUUCGUUGAUUCCGGGAACGGAAUUUGUAUUGCGCCGAACGUUGUGCGUUGCAACAAAGGGUUCGAGCUGAUGGAAGGGCUGAACUUCAAGCUGCAUUGUGUCUCCAAGUGCAAACCGGAGUGCGUCAAUGGGGACUGUACAGCUGAAGGCGGCUGCGAUUGUCUUCCCGGGCAUCAACUGAAGGCGGGAAGCGUUCACGAGUGCGAACCCGUUUGCGAUCCGGCUUGCGAGUUCGGAACCUGUGUCCGUCCGAACGAGUGUGAGUGCGCUGAAGGCUACCGGAAGACGAUUGAUGACCGGUGUGAGUUCUUCUGCGAUCCGGCGAAGGUCGACUGCACCGUCGGUAACUGCUCCUCCGUUGACGUUUGUGACUGUCCCAAAGGGUACGAGUUCGUUGAGGAUACCGACGGGAUCCUACGCUGCUUACCAAUAUGCAAUCCGAACUGUAUCAACGGAAGAUGCACCGACGUAAACGUCUGCGAGUGCUUCCCAGAAUAUCAACGGAUCAACGAAUCGCUUUGCAAGCCAGUUUGUGACGAACCGUGCGUCAACGGGUUCUGUUCGGGCACGAACACAUGCAGUUGCAGCGAUGGAUUCACCGCGUUCAACGCGACCAGCUGCGUCCCCUUCUGCGAUCCGAACGUGGUGAACUGCUCGCACGGAGAGUGCGUCAAGUUCAACGUGUGCGACUGCUUCGACGGAUACCGACUGUUCCCGGACGUCAAUGGGACGCUAAGCUGUGCAGCGUUCUGCGCAGAUCUUCCCCAGAACGCCGUCUGCAUCGUUCCUGGAGAGUAUCGCUGCUUGACGGGUUACAUGCCCGGUCCGGAUGGUAGCUGUGGACCGGUUUGUGAGCAGGACUGCGGCAACGGAAGCUGUUCUGCGCCGAAUCAGUGUGAGUGCUUGGCGGGGUACUCACAGGACUCGACUGGAAGCUGCACCGUAUCAAUCUGCGAGGACAAGUGCUCCGAAGAAGCUGGAGUUUGUGAAGAUCUGCUCUGCAAGUGCAACGCCGGGUAUUCAAACCAGGAGAGCGAGUUCUUCUGCAGUCCGAUUUGCGAGAGCUGCCUCAACGGAAGGUGUAUCGCUCCUGGGGAGUGUGAGUGCUUGGAGGGUUACGAGAAGCUCAACGGAACUCAGGAAUGUCGUCCGUAUUGUAGUAAUUGCAGCUUGGUCGAGUGCUGCAUCGCUCCGGAAGUUUGUAACUGCAAACAAGCUGAGAAGAUAGUUGGAGAGGAUAGCUUCCCAUGGCUGUUCGUCGUCGUAUGAGCAGUAGUUCUUGCCGUAAUAAUUGUUGGUGCGGUUUUACUCAACCGAUACCUCCAAAACAAGCGGCACUCCAACUCGUACGAGUGCAAAUAUGAUCAGUCCCGUGACAAAGCCGCCAUCAUCGAGAAGCGCUAGAGCUUGUGGGUUAAGCUCAUUACGGAUCCACCGUGAAAGCUUUCCAUUAAGGGCAUCGACGACCGCCGGGGAGCAGGUUUAUGUCUCGUUAAUAGUUGCCACAUUAAUUUCUCAUUAGUGAAACACAUCCGCCGGAUAUUAAAAUUUGUUAAACGUCCCACCCGACCCCCUUUCAUAAUA